GGGGGAGCGGAGGAGGCGGGCCGUGACCCUGAACGGGGUGGGCUCUAGGACCCGCCUCGGGCUCCCGGCAGGGGGACCCGCCGCGAGCCCACGUCCCGCACGCACCGGCCCCACGGAGCGAGACGCCGCGCUGCCGCUGCGCCCUGGGCGGCACCGCUGGGUGUCCGGGACCGUCGCGCUCGCAACGACCCACGCGCCUUCACCGCUGCGGCCGCCGCCGGUCGUGUCCCCCCCGCCCCUCUCAGCACGAUGCCCCGGGCGCCGCUCCUGCAGCUGCUGAUGGCGGUCUCCGUGGCGGCGGCGGUGGUCGGCGAGCCCGGGCCGGCGCUGCCCCUUCCCACGGGGGAUGCCACGCUGGCCAUCGUCUUUGAUGUCACCGGCUCCAUGUGGGACGACCUGAUGCAGGUGCUCGACGGCGCCUCACGCAUCCUGGAGAGCAGCCUGAGCCGCCGCAGCCAGUCCAUCGCCAACUACGCGCUGGUGCCCUUCCACGACCCAGAUAUUGGCCCAGUGACCCUCACGGCAGAUCCAGCGGUGUUUCAGAGAGAGCUGAGAGAACUCUAUGUGCAGGGGGGCGGUGACUGCCCAGAGAUGAGUGUGGGGGCCAUCAAGGCUGCUGUGGAGGUGGCCAAUCCCGGCUCCUUCAUCUAUGUCUUCUCGGACGCCCGCGCCAAGGACUACCACAAGAAAGAGGAGGUCCUGCGGCUCUUACAGCUUAAACAGUCACAGGUGGUCUUCGUGCUGACAGGGGACUGUGGUGACCGCACUCAUCCCGGCUACCUGGCUUACGAGGAGAUCGCUGCCACCAGCUCUGGGCAGGUGUUCCACCUGGACAAGCAGCAGGUGACCGAGGUGCUGAAGUGGGUAGAGUCAGCAGUCCAGGCCACCAAGGUGCAUCUGCUGUCCACGGACCACAAGGAAGAGGGCGAGCAUACGUGGAAGAUUCCCUUUGACCCCAGCCUGAAGGAGGUCACCAUCUCCCUGAGCGGUCCGGGGCCUCAGAUCGAAGUCCGCGACCCACUGGGGAGGAUCCUACAGAAGGAUGAGGGCCUCAACGUGCUUCUCAACAUCCCUGACUCCGCCAAGGUUGUGGCCUUUAAGCCUGAGCAUCCUGGGCUGUGGGCCAUCAAGGUCUAUAGCAGUGGUCGCCAUUCAGUGAGGAUCACAGGUGUCAGCAACAUCGACUUCCGAGCCGGCUUCUCCACUCAGCCCUCUCUGGACCUCAACCACACCAUUGAGUGGCCCCUGCAAGGGGUGCCCAUCUCCCUGGUGAUCAACUCCACGGGCCUGCAGGCACCUGGCCACCUGGACUCGGUGGAGCUCUCACACAGUUCAGGGCGGUCCCUCCUGACUUUGCCCACGAGGCCCCUCUCGAACGGAUCCACGCAUCAGCUGUGGGGCGGACCGCCUUUCCACGCCCCCCAGGAGCGCUUCUACCUCAAGGUGAAGGGCAAAGACCAUGAGGGGAAUCCCCUGCUCCGUGUCUCUGGAGUUUCCUACAGUGGGGUGGUCCCAGGUGCCCCUCUGGUCAGCAUGCCCCCCAGGAUCCAUGGCUACCUGCACCAGCCCCUGCUGGUCUCCUGCUCUGUGCACAGCACCCUGCCCUUCCGGCUACAGCUGCGGCGGAACGGAGCCAGGCUGGGCGAGGAGAGGCACUUGCAGGUGUCGGGAAACAGCAGCUGGGAGAUUCCACGGGCCUCCAAGACCGAGGAAGGGGUGUAUGAGUGCAUGGCUGUCAGCAGGGCUGGGACCGGACGAGCAAAGGCCCAGAUUGUUGUCACAGACCCUCCGCCGCAGCUAGUCCCUGCCCCCAACAUCACCGUGUCCCCAGGGGAGACUGCCGUCCUGGCCUGCCAGGUCCUGAGUGAUGUCCCCUACAACCUGACGUGGAUCCGGGACUGGCGAGUCCUGUCGGCCUCGCCGGGCAGAGUCGCCCAGCUGGCCGACCUAUCCCUGGAGGUCAGCGACAUUAUCCCCAGUGACGGUGGGCGGUACCAGUGCAUGGCCAGCAACGCCAAUGGGGUCACCAGGGCAUCCAUCUGGCUCCUGGUGAGAGAGGCCCCCCAGGUCAGCAUCCACACCCGGUCCCAGCACUUCUCCCAGGGUAUGGAGGUGAGCGUCAGCUGCUCAGCCUCUGGGUACCCCACACCCCACAUCUCCUGGAGCCGUGGGGGUCAUGCUCUGCAAGAGGACAGCAGAAUCCAUGUAGAUGCCCAGGGAACCCUGAUCAUUCAGGGAGUGGCCCCAGAGGAUGCUGGGAAUUACAGCUGCCAGGCUGUGAAUGAGGUCGGCACAGACGAAGAGAUGGUCACCCUCUACUAUACAGAUCCACCGUCCGUCUCUGCGGUAAAUGCAGUGGUGCUGGCCGCCGUCGGGGACCAGGCCGUGCUGGUGUGUGAGGUGUCUGGGGUGCCCCCACCCCGGGUCGUCUGGUAUCGAGGGGGUCUUGAAAUGAUUCUGGCCCCUGAGGGCUCCAGCUCUGGGACGCUGCGGAUCCCAGCAGCUCGGGAGAGGGAUGCUGGCAUCUACACCUGCCGAGCUGUCAAUGAGGUGGGCGAUGCCUCCGCAGAGAUCCGGCUGGAGAUUGGACAUGCGCCCCAGCUGAUGGAGCUGCCCCGGGACGUCACUGUGGAGCUGGGGAGGAGUGCCCUCCUGGCAUGCCGGGCCAUGGGCCGCCCGCCUCCGGUGGUCACCUGGCGCCGUGGAGAUGGCCAGCCACUGGGGCCCAGGCGGGGCAGCAGGACCGGGCAGCCCAGUUCGGGCGUGCUGUUCUUUGAAAGUGUGGUCCCUGAAGAUCAGGCCCCGUAUGUCUGUGAAGCUCAAAAUGUGUUUGGGAAGGUCCAGGCAGAGGCCCAGCUCGUCGUGACCGGACACGCCCCACCACAGAUCGCCAGCAGCGCCUCCACUGUCCGGGUGCUGGAGAGGCAGCCGGUGUCCCUGCCCUGCAUCAUCCUGGCUGGGAGGCCCUUCCCGGAGAGGCGCUGGCUCAAGGCCGGCCUGCCCCUCCCACCUGGCAGCCGGCAUUCCGUCCGAGCAGAUGGCAGCCUCCACCUUGACCGGGCGCUGCAGGAGGACGCAGGGAGGUAUAGCUGUGUGGUCAGCAACACGGUUGGCUCUCAGCACAGGGACGUGGAGCUGGUUGUCCAGGUGCCACCUCGGAUCCAGCCCACUGCCACCCACCAUGUCACCAAUGAAGGGGUUCCAGCCUCUCUCCGCUGUGUGGCCUCAGGGGUCCCCACCCCCACCAUCACUUGGACCAAGGAAACCAAUGUCCUGACCUCCAGGGGUCCCCACUACAAUGUGAGCAAAGAUGGCACCCUGAUCAUCGCCCGGCCCUCUCCCCAGGAUGCUGGGGCCUAUGUCUGCACGGCCACCAACGCUGUAGGCUUCUCAAGCCAGGAGAUGAGGCUUUCUGUCAACACCGAGCCCAGGAUCCGUGUGAAUGGCUCACGUGAUGCAGACAAGCCCCUGAGAGUCAUGGCCAAGGCUGGUGACGAGGUGACCCUGGACUGUGAGGCCCAGGGCUCUCCAUCCCCAUUGGUCACCUGGACCAAGGACUUCCGGCCCGUGCCAUCCGUCACCGACAGGCAUCGCCUCCUCCCAUCAGGCUCCCUGCGUCUGGCCCAGGCCCAGGUCGGUGACAGUGGCCUCUACAGAUGCACAGCCAGUAACCCUGCCGGGUCAUCCUCUCGGCGCUUCGUCCUCCAGGUGCAAGUGCCCCCUCAGGUGCAGCCGGGCCCGCGCGUCCUGAAGGUGCUGGUGGGAGAGAUUCUGGACCUGAACUGUGUGGCCGAGGGCAGCCCAGAGCCUCGGCUGAACUGGUCCAAGGACGGGGUGGCCCUGCAGGGUGUGGGGCCUGAGGGCUCUGUCCACUUCUCCGCCAUCCAAACCUCUGACUCCGGGCUGUACCGCUGUGAGGCCUUCAACAGUGCCGGCAUGGAUGCCUGGGAGCUGGAGCUCUGGGUGCUGGAGCCGCCGCACUGGGAGGCCGAUGAGACCAGCGGCCUGCUGGAGAGAGUGAUGGGAGAGAACGCGAGCCUGCCGUGCCCGGCCAGAGGGACGCCCAAGCCACAGGUCACGUGGCGGAAGGGCCCAUCCUCGGAGCCCCUGCGUGGCCGGCCGGGCCUGGAGGUGCUGGAUGAAGGCUCCCUGUUUCUGGCCUCAGUUUCUCCCACUGACAGCGGAGACUAUGAGUGCCAGGCCACCAAUGAGGCAGGCUCCACGUCCAGGAGAGCCAAGCUGGUGGUCUAUGUGCCCCCUAGCAUCCGGGAGGAUGGGUGCAGGUCCAAUGUGUCAGGCAUGGCCGGGCAGUCCCUGACUUUGGAGUGUGAUGCGAAUGGCUUUCCAGCCCCUAAGAUCGUGUGGUUCAAGGAUGGGCAGCCGAUCCCCGAGACGGGCCAUCACCGUCUCCUGGACAAGGCUCGGGCCCUCCACUUUCCCAGGAUCCAGGAGGGCGAUUCUGGCCUCUACUCCUGCCGGGCAGAGAACCAGGCCGGGACUGCCCAGAGGGACUUCGAUCUCCUCGUGCUCAUCCCUCCUUCCGUGCUGGGAGCCGGGGCUGCCCAGGAGGUGCUGGGCCUGGCUGGUACAGCGGUGGAGCUGGAGUGCCGGACCUCGGGUGUCCCCGCGCCCCAGGUGGAAUGGACCAAGGACGGGCAGCCCAUCCCCCCAGGAGACCCUCGCAUCCAGCUCCAGGAGGACGGCCAGGUUCUCAGAAUCACCAGCAGUCACCUGGGGGACGAGGGGCGGUACCAGUGCCUGGCCUUCAGCCCCGCCGGCCAGCAGGCCAAGGACUUCCAGCUCAGAAUGCAGGUGCCUCCCACCAUCUGGGGCUCCAACGAGACGAGCGAGGUGGCCGUCAUGGAGGGCCUCCCAGUACGGUUCUUGUGUGAGGCCCGAGGAGUGCCUGCUCCUGACAUCACCUGGUUCAAGGACGGGGCCUCCCUCCCGCUCAGCGCCAAGGCUGUCUACACCAGGGGCGGCCGGCAGCUACAGCUGGGGAGGGCCCGGGGCGUGGAUGCUGGCACCUACACCUGCCAGGCCAGGAACCCUGUGGGGGUCACUGAGAAGAACACCAGGCUGGAGGUUUAUGUCCCGCCCACCAUCGAGGGCGCUGGAGGAGGGCCUCGUGUGGUGAAGGCUGUGGCUGGGAGGCCCUUGGCGCUGGAGUGUGUGGCUAGAGGCCACCCGCCCCCCACCCUCUCCUGGUACCACGGGGGACUGCCUGUGGCAGAGAGCAACGAGACAUGGCUGGAGGCGGGAGGCAGCGUGCUGAGCCUGGAGAGGCUGGGGGAGGCGUCCGGAGGCCUGUACAGCUGCGUGGCCAGCAGCCCCGCGGGGGAGGCCGUGUUGCAGUAUUCCGUGGAAGUGCAAGUGCCCCCACAGCUCCUGGUGGCUGAAGGCUCCAGCCAGGUGACCGCCCUCGUGGGACAGCCCCUGGAACUUCCCUGCCAGGCCUCAGGCUCCCCCGUGCCCACUCUCCAGUGGCUGCAGAACGGCCGCCCAGCCGAGGAGCUGGCUGGGGUGCAGGUGGCCUCACAGGGGGCCACGCUGCGCAUCCACCACGUGGAACUGGGCCACGCAGGCCUCUUCGCCUGCCAGGCCACCAACGAGGCGGGCACCGCUGGGGCUGAGGUGGAGCUAUCCGUGCAUGAGCUCCCACUGGUGGCCAUCGUCGGGGGCGACAAUAUCACAGUCCCUUUCCUGCAGCCUGUGACCCUGCAAUGUGUGGGGACUGGGGUACCCGCCCCAAGUCUCCGUUGGUGGAAGGAUGGGGUGGCCCUGGCAGCCUUGGGGGGGAAACUACAGAUCAAGAAGGCGGACCUGAGGGAUGAAGGCGUCUACACUUGUGCAGCCAGUAGCCUGGCUGGCGAGAGCAAAAGGGACACGGCCCUCAAGGUGUUGGUGCCCCCCAACAUUGAGCCGGGCCCACUGAACAAGGCAGUGCUGGAAAAUGCCUCAGUAACCUUGGAGUGUCUGGCUUCGGGCGUGCCCCCUCCUGAUAUCUCCUGGUUCAAGGGCCGCCAGCCUGUCUCUGCCCGGACGGGAGUGACAGUGUCAGCUGAUGGGAGAGUUCUCCACAUUGAGCGGGCACGAUUUUCUGAUGCUGGGAGCUACCGCUGUGUGGCAUCCAAUGUGGCAGGCAGCACAGAGCUACAGUAUGGGCUACGGGUCAAUGUGCCUCCACGCAUCACAUUGCCACCCAGCCUGCCAGGCCCCGUGCUGCUCAACGCCCCGGUCCGGCUGACCUGUAAUGCCACCGGAGCCCCCAGCCCCACGCUGAUGUGGCUGAAGGAUGGAAACCCUUUGUCCACUGCUGGGGCCUUGGGCCUCCAGGUCUUUCCCGGGGGCCAGGUCCUCACUUUGGCCGGAGCCCGGGCCUCGGACUCAGGCAGCUACUCGUGCGUGGCCGUGAGCGCGGUGGGUGAGGACCGCCGGGACGUCGUGCUGUAUGUCUACACGCCCCCAAGCAUCCUCGGGGAAGAGCUGAACGUGUCCGUUGUGGUCAACGAGUCCACGGCCCUGGAGUGCCGGAGCCGAGCCGUGCCCCCUCCCGUGCUGAGCUGGAGGAAGGACGGCCGCCCCCUGGAGCUGCGGCCCGGCGUCCACCUCUCUGCUGACAAGGCCUUGUUAGAGGUGAGCAGAGCAGAGGUGGGGGAUGCAGGCCGCUAUACCUGCGAGGCACUGAACCAGGCAGGCCGCUCGGAGAAGCACUACAACCUGAACGUCUGGGUGCCUCCUGUGUUCCCCUCAAGGGAACCCCGCACCCUGACCGUGACCGAGGGGCAAACCGCCAGGCUGUCCUGUGAAUGUCGGGGCAUCCCCUUCCCCAAGAUCUCCUGGAGGAAGGACGGUCAGCCCUUGCCAGGGGAGGGGAACAGCCUCGAGCAGGUGUCAGCUGUGGGGCGGUUCCUGUACCUGGGACAGGCCCAGCUGGCCCAGGACGGCACGUACACCUGUGAGUGCAGCAACGUGGCGGGAAAUAGCAGCCAGGACCAGCUGCUGGAGGUGCAUGUUCCCCCUCAGAUCGCUGGCCCCCGGGAGCCCCCCACACAGGUCUCUGUGAUCCAGGAUGGGGAGGCCACUCUGCAGUGCAAUGCCACAGGGAAGCCCCCACCCAGGGUGGCAUGGGAGCGGGACGGCCGGCCACUGAGGGCCGAGCCUGGCCUGCGGCUGCAGAACCAGGGUCAGAGCCUGCACGUGGAGCGGGCUCAGGCUGCCCACAGUGGACGCUACAGCUGCGUGGCCGAGAACGUGGCCGGAAGGGCCGAGAGGAGGUUUGCGCUCUCCGUGCUGGUGCCCCCAGAGCUCAUCGGAGACUUGGACCCACUGACCAACGUCUCCGCUGCCUUGCACAGCCCCUUGACGCUCCUCUGUGAAGCCACAGGUGUCCCACCCCCAGGGGUCCGCUGGUUCCGAGGAGAGGAGCCCAUCAGCCCCAGGGAGGACACCUACCUCUUGGCAGGCGGCUGGAUGCUGAGGAUGACCCGGGCACAGGAACAAGACAGAGGUGUCUACUCAUGCCUGGCAAGCAACGAGGCUGGGGAGGCUCGGAGAAACUUCAGCGUCGAGGUCCUGGUUCCUCCCAGGAUUGCGAACGAGGACCUGGAGGAGGCAGUCAAGGUCACUGAGGGGCAGACAGCUCAGCUGACAUGCAACACCACAGGCCACCCACAGCCCAAGGUCACGUGGUUCAAAGAUGGCCGGCCCCUGGCUGGUGGAGACGCCCACCUCAUUUCUCCAGACGGAGCCCUCCUGCAGGUCCUCCAGGCCAACCUGUCCAGUUCUGGCCACUACUCCUGCAUUGCAGCCAACGCUGUGGGGGAGAAGACCAAACACUUCCAGCUUAGUGUCCUGGUGGUUCCCACCAUCCUGGGAGUGACUGAGGACAGCGCGGAGGAGGAGGUGAUGGUGACCAUCAACAACCCCAUUUCUCUGAUCUGCGAGGCACUGGCCUUCCCCUCCCCCACCAUCACCUGGAUGAAGGAUGGCACCCCAUUUGAGGCUUCGAACAACAUCCAGCUGCUCCCAGGCACCCAUGGGCUGCAGAUCUUGAAUGCCCAGAAGGAAGAUGCGGGCCAGUACACCUGUGUGGUCACCAAUGAACUUGGGGAGGCCAUGAAGAACUACCACGUUGAAGUGCUCAUCCCCCCUUCCAUCUCCAAAGACGACCCCUUGGGGGAGGCCAGCGUGAAGGAAGUGAAGACCAAGGUCAACAGUACCUUGACCCUGGAAUGUGAGUGCUGGGCUGUGCCCCCACCCACUAUCAGCUGGUACAAGGAUGGACAGCCCGUGAAGCCCAACCAGCGGCUCCGCAUCCUGGGCGAAGGCCGGCUGCUCCAGAUCCAGCCCACGCAGGUCUCGGAUUCGGGGCGAUACCUGUGUGUAGCCGGCAACGUGGCCGGUGAGGAUGACCAGGACUUCAGUGUGCUCAUCCAGGUGCCCCCCAUGUUCCAGAAGCCGGACGACACCAGUGCAACCUUCGAGAUCCUGUCCAGGGAAGAAGAGGCCCGGGGUGGGGUGACGGAAUACCGGGAGAUUGUGGAGAACAACCCUGCCUACCUGCACUGUGACACCAAUGCUAUCCCACCCCCGGAGCUCACCUGGUACAGGGAAGACCAGCCACUCUCGGCCGCAGAUGGGGUGUCUGUUCUGCAAGGAGGUCGGGUCCUGCAGAUCCCCCUGGUGCGUGCGGAAGACGCUGGGAGGUAUUCAUGCAAGGCCUCCAAUGAGGUGGGCGAGGACUGGCUGCACUACCAGCUGCUUGUGCUGACCCCACCUGUGAUCCUGGGUGACACGGAGGAGCUGGUGGAGGAGGUGACUGUCAACGCCAGCAGCACUGUCAGCCUGCGCUGCCCAGCUCUGGGCAACCCCGUGCCCACCAUCUCAUGGCUCCAGAAUGGGCUGCCCUUCUCCCCGAGCCCACAGCUGCAGGUCCUGGAGGAUGGGCAAGUCUUGCAGGUCUCCACGGCGGAGGUGGCCGACGCCGCCAGCUACAUGUGUGUGGCCGAGAACCCGGCGGGCUCCUCAGAGAAGCUCUUCACCCUCAGGGUACAAGCCCCCCCACGAAUCACAGGUCCGAACUUGGAGCAGGUCACUGCCAUCGUCAACAGCACUGUCUCCCUGUCCUGUGACGUCCAUGCUCACCCGAGCCCUGAGGUCACGUGGUCCCGGGACAGCCAGGCUCUCUCCCUGGGAAAAGAGAUCUUCCUCCUGCCUGGCACCCACACCUUGCAGCUGGCCCGGGCACGGCCGUCAGACUCCGGGAUAUAUGCGUGUGAGGCCCUCAAUGCUGCCGGCCGAGACCAGAAGCUGGUGCAGCUCAGCGUGCUGGUUCCCCCCACCUUCAGGCAGCCUCCCAGUGGCCCCCAGGAUACCAUCGUGGUCCGGGCCGGGGACAAAGCAGUCCUGAGCUGUGAGACCGACUCACUCCCUGAGCCGACCGUGAGCUGGCACAAGGAUGGGCAGCCCCUGGUCCUGGCACAGCGCACCCAGGCUCUGCUCGGGGGGCAGAGGCUGGAGAUCCAGGACACCCAGGUAUUGGAUAAAGGUUUAUACAGCUGUAAAGUCAGUAAUACAGCCGGGGAGGCCAUGCGGACAUUUGUCCUCACUGUCCAGGUGCCCCCAACGUUUGAGAACCCCAAGACAGAGAAAGUGAGCCAGGUGGCUGGGAGCCCCCUGGUCCUGAGCUGUGACGUGACCGGGGUCCCGGCACCUGCUGUGACCUGGAUGAAGGACAGAAUGCCUGUUGAGAGCAGCGUGGCGCAUGGUGUGGUCUCCCGCGGGGGCCGCCUCCAGCUGAGUCGCUUGCAGCCCGCCCAGGCUGGCACCUACACUUGCGUGGCCAAGAACACCCAGGCCGAGGCCCGCAAGGACUUCGUAGUGGCUGUGCUGGUGGCCCCCCAGAUCCGGAGCUCGGGCGUCACCCAGGAGCACAGUGUCCUGGAGGGACAGGAGGUGCGGCUGGACUGUGAGGCAGAUGGGCAGCCACCGCCCGAUGUGACCUGGCUGAAGGACGGUGGCCCGCUGGACCAGGGCGUGGGCCCCCACCUCCGGUUCUCCCUGGACGGCAGCGCCCUGGUGCUGAAGGGCCUGAAGGCCGAGGACUCGGGUGCCUACACCUGCGUGGCCCGCAGCACGGCCGGGGAGGACGCCAGGCUGCACACAGUGAGCGUGCUGGUCCCUCCCACCAUCGAGCAGUGGGCAGAGAGCUCAGGGACCCUGGUGAGCAGGCUCGGGGAGCUGGUGACCAUGGCCUGCCCCGUCCGGGGCUCUGCGCCCAUCCGUGUGAGCUGGCUCAAGGACGGCCUGCCCCUCCCGCUUUCCCAGCGCACUCUCCUUCACAGCUCUGGCCGCACGCUCAGGAUUUACCAGGUGCAGUUGGCAGAUUCUGGCGUCUACACCUGUGUGGCCGCAAGCCCAGCUGGCGUGACCGACAGGAACUUCACCUUGCAGGUGCACGUGCCCCCUGUCCUGGAGCCCACGGAGUUCCAGAAUGAUGUGGCAGUAGUCCGCGGCUCCUCGGUGGUCCUCCCCUGUGAAGCCCGGGGAAGCCCCCUGCCCCUAGUGUCAUGGAUGAAGGAUGGGGAGCCCUUGUUGCCCCAGAGCCUGGAACAGGGGCCCAGCCUGCAGCUGGAGACAGCAGGAGCUGGUGACUCGGGGACCUACUCCUGCGUGGCCGUGAGCGAGGCGGGGGAAGCCAGGAGGCAUUUCCAGCUGACAGUGAUGGAUCCCCCCCACAUCGAGGACUCAGGCCAGCCUGCAGAGCUCUUGCUGACCCCCGGCUCCCCCUUGGAGCUCCACUGUGAUGCCCGGGGCACCCCCCCGCCCAACAUCACCUGGCAUAAGGAUGGACAGGCCCUGAGCAGGCCUGAGGACAGCGGCAGGGCGCUCCAGAUGGAGGGCGUGCAGGUGGGCGAUGCUGGGCUGUACACUUGCCUGGCCCAGAGCCCUGCUGGCGAAGUCGAGAAGAGCUUUCGGGUCAGGGUUCAAGGCCCCCCACAUGUUAUUGGGCCCCGAGGCCCCCGCUCCGUGGUCGGCCUGGCUCCAGGGCAGCUCGUUCUGGAGUGCUCGGUGGAGGCCGAGCCAGCACCUGAGAUUGAAUGGCACCGGGAUGGCAUUCUGCUGCAGGCGGACGCCCACACCCAGUUCCCAGAGCAGGGCAGGUUCCUCCAGCUGCAGGCCCUGAGCACGGCCGACGGGGGCGACUACAGCUGCACGGCCCACAAUGCCGCGGGCAGCACCAGCGUGGCCUUCCGUGUGGAGAUCCACACGGUGCCCACCAUCCAGCCAGGACCCGCCACAGUGAACGCCUCUGUGAACCAGACGGCCCUGCUGCCCUGCCGGGUGGACGGCGCCCCCCCUCCCCUUGUGAGCUGGCGGAAGGACGGAGCCCCCCUGGAUCCUGACAGCCCCAGGCUGCAGGUCCUGCCCGAGGGUUCCCUGAGGAUCCAGCCUGUCCUUGCCCAGGACGCCGGCCACUACCUCUGCCUUGCAUCCAACUCUGCAGGCUCUGAUCGGCAAGGCCGCCAUCUCCAGGUCUUUGAGCCUCCAGCCAUCACCCCUGGCCCCUCCAACCUGACCCUGACUGCCCACACCCCUGCCUCACUGCCCUGUGAGGCCAGCGGCUCCCCCAAGCCCCAGGUGAUCUGGUGGAAGGAUGGACAGAAGCUGGAUUUCCAUCUGCAGCAGGAUGCUUACCGGCUCCUGCCCUCCAAUGCCCUGCUCCUGGCAGCUCCCGGCCCCCAGGACUCAGCCCACUUUGAGUGUGUGGUGAGCAAUGAGGUGGGCGAGGCCCGCAGGCUCUACCGGGUGACCAUCCACGUACCUCCCACCAUUGCCGACGACCAGACAGACUUCACCGUGACCAAGAUGGCGCCCGUGGUCCUCACAUGUCACAGCACGGGUGUCCCGGCCCCGGUCGUGUCCUGGAGCAAGGCAGGCACCCAGCUGGGGAUGCGGGGGACCGGCUAUCGUGUUUUGCUUUCGGGUGCCCUGGAGAUCGGGCAGGCCCUCCCCAUCCACACCGGGCGCUACACCUGCACGGCCCGCAACUCUGCCGGCGUGGCCCACAAGCACGUGGUCCUUACUGUGCAGGCCUCCCCCGUGGUGAAGCCUCUGCCCAGUGCGGUCCGGGCUCUGGUGGCAGAGGAGGUGCUGCUGCCUUGUGAGGCUUUGGGCAUCCCCCGGCCAAGCAUCACCUGGCAGAAGGAGGGGCUCAGCAUCCCUGCAGGAGCAAAUACCCAGGUCCUACCCACCGGACAGCUGCGGAUUAUCCAUGCCAGCCCAGAGGAUGCCGGGAACUAUUUUUGCCUUGCCCAGAACAGCGCGGGCAGCGCCGUGGGGAAAACACGGCUGGUGGUGCAAGUCCCGCCCCUGAUCGAGACUGGCCUCCCUGACCUGUCCGUUACCGAAGGCUCCCAUGCCCUCUUGCCCUGCUCGGCCAGUGGCAGUCCUGAGCCCAGCAUCACCUGGGAAAAGGACGGCCAGCCCGUGUCCAGAGCCGAGGGGAAGUUCACCAUCCAGCCUUCUGGGGAGCUGCUGGUGAAGAACCUGGAGAGCCAGGACUCUGGGACCUACACCUGCGUGGCCGAGAACGCCGUAGGCCGCGCCCGCCGCCGCGUGCACCUCAGCGUCCUGGCACUGCCCGUCUUCACCACCCUGCCUGGGGACCGAAGCCUGCACCUUGGGGACAGGCUGUGGCUUCGCUGCGCGGCCCGGGGCAGCCCUACCCCCCGCAUUGGCUGGACCAUCAACGACCUGCCAGUCACGGAGGGGGUGUCUGAGCAGGACGGAGGCAGCACACUGCAGCGGGUGGCCGUCACCAGAGAGGACAGCGGGACCUACGUCUGCUGGGCUGAGAACAGAGUGGGCCGCGUACAGGCUGUCAGCUUCGUCCACGUGAAGGAAGCCCCUGUGUUGCAAGGGGAGGCCUUCUCCUACCUGGUGGAGCCUGUGGGGAGCAGCAUCCAGCUGGACUGUGUGGUCCGUGGCACCCCAGCGCCUGACAUCCACUGGAUCAAAGAUGGCCUCCCGCUCCGGGGCAGCCGACUCCGGUAUCGGCUACAGAAUGGCUCGCUGACCAUCCGCAGGACGGAGAUGGACGACGCCGGCCAGUACCAGUGCCUCGCAGAGAAUGAGGUGGGCGUGGUUGAGAAAGUAGUGAUCCUCGUGCUGCGGAGUGCCCCGGUGUUCCGGGUGGAGCCCCAGGACGUGACCGUGAGAUCCGGGGAGGACGUGACCCUGCAGUGUCAGGCCUCGGGAGAGCCAGUGCCCACGGUGGAGUGGCUGCGAGCGGGCCAGCCCUUGCGGGCCAGCUGGCGGCUCCGGACCCUGCCGGAUGGGAGCCUGUGGCUGCAGCGCGUGGAGGCCGGGGACGCGGGCGCAUACGAGUGCGUCGCUCACAACCUCCUGGGCUCCGCCACGGCCCGGGCGAUCCUGGCCGUGAGAGGGGAGCCCCGUGGGAGCCGGGGCAGCAUGUCUGGGGUGAUCAAUGGCCAGGAAUUUAGCAGGGCCACCCUCAACACCAGCGUACAACAAGAGGCACGCUCUGGGAUCACCACCAUCCGGAGCAGCAUCAACCACAUCCCUGCGAGUGUGGGGCCUCUGAUGCGGGUGCUCGUGGUCACCAUCGCCCCCAUCUACUGGGCCCUGGCCGGAGAGAGUGGGGACACCCUGAACGGCCACUCUCUGACGGGUGGCAGCUUCCUGCAGAAGUCGCACGUGGAGUUUGCCACAGGGGAGCUGCUCACGAUGACCCAGGAGGCCCGGGGCCUGGAUCCCAAUGGCCUCCUGCUCCUUGAUGUGGUGGUCAGUGGCGUCGUCCCCGAGAGCCUGGCUGAUGCAGAUCUUCAAGUGCAGGACUUCGAGGAGAGCUAUGUGCUGAUGGGGCCAGGCCGUCUCUUUGUGGGCUCCACACAGCCCUUCCUGCAGGACAGCCUUCCCAUGUUCCUGAGAUGUAACCACAGCAUCCAGUACAGCACGGCCCAGGGCCUCCAGCCUCCGCUGGUGCAGCACCUGCGGGCCUCAGCUAUCAGCUCGGCCUUCGACCCCAAGGCCAAGGCCCUGCACUUCCAGCUUACCACAGCCCUGCAAGCUGAAGAGAAUGAAGUUGGCUGCCCAACGGGCUUUGAGCUGGAUGCCCAGGGAGACUUUUGUGUGGACAGGGACGAAUGUUUGGACGGCCCCAACCCCUGUUCUCACUCCUGCUACAACGCACCUGGUCGCUUCUCCUGCUCCUGUCCGGCGGGCUUUGCCCUGGCCAGGGAUAACAGGAACUGCAGAGAUGUGGACGAGUGUGCCUGGGAUGCCCACCUUUGCCAGGAGGGACAGCGCUGCGUGAACCUCUUUGGGUCCUACCACUGCCUCCCCGACUGCAGGCCUGGCUUCCGGGUGGCCCCUCAUGGGGCCAGCUGCGAAGAUGUGGACGAGUGUCUGGAGCAGUUGGAUGAGUGUCACUAUAACCAGAUCUGUGAGAACACCCCAGGCGGGCACCGCUGCAGCUGUCCCCGGGGGUACCGGAUCCAGAGCCCCGGCCUGCCCUGCCUAGAUAUCAACGAGUGCCUGCAGUCACCCAAGACCUGCGCCUUCCAGUGCCAAAACCUCCAGGGCGGGUACCGUUGCCUGUGCCCCCCAGGCCAGACCCUGCUUCGUGAUGGCAAGACCUGCAUCCCACUAGAGCAGAGUGAACAAAAUGUGACCACCCUCAGCCACCGGGGCCCCUUAGUGUCUUGGCUGCGGCCCCGUGCCCCCCUUUCCUGGGGCUCCUACCACGCUUGGGUCUCCCUCCGGCCAGGCUCCGGGGCCCUGAGCAGUCUGGGCCGGGCCUGGUGCCCCACUGGCUUCAUCCGGCAGAAUGGCGUCUGCACAGACCUGGACGAGUGCCGGGUCAGAAGCCUGUGCCAGCACGCCUGCCGGAACACCGAGGGCAGCUACCAGUGCCUCUGCCCCGCUGGCUACCGCCUCCUCCCCAGCGGGAAAAACUGCCAGGACAUCAACGAGUGUGAGGAAGACAGCAUCGAGUGUGGGCCCAGCCAGAUGUGCUUUAACACCCGUGGCAGCUAUCAGUGUGUGGACACGCCGUGUCCGGCCACCUACCGGCAGGGCUCCAGCCCAGGGACGUGUUUCCGACGCUGCUCGCUGGACUGCAGCGCGGGCCGCCCCUCCACGCUGCAGUACAAGCUGCUGCCGCUGCCCCUGGGCGUGCGCGCCCACCACGACGUGGCCCGCCUGGCCGCCUUCUCUGAGGCCGGCGUCCCCGCCAACCGCACCGAGCUCAGCGUGCUCGAGCCCGACCCGCGCAGCCCCUUCGCGCUGCGCCCGCUGCGCGCCGGCCACGGCGCCGUCUACACCCGCCGUGCGCUCACCCGCGCCGGCCUCUACCGGCUGACCGUGCGCGCCGCCGCGCCGCGCCACCAGAGCGUCUUCGUCCUGCUCAUCGCAGUGUCCCCUUAUCCCUACUGAGGGGUGUGGCCACUGGCCGCAGCUUUUGGGCCAGUGACCUCCGGGGUUGGGGGACAGGGAGGAGCGGGCCCAGCCCCCACCAAGCAGGUGGCCCUUGCCCUCACCGCCACUGGGUGUGGCAAGCGACGUCAUCUCCCACCCCUGUGCGUUCAUCGAGCCCUUCAGCAAACAGGACCCUGCCUGCAGCCUUGACCCCAGGACAGUGAGGACCCGAGCUCCCCCUACCCCCGUGGACUGCUGCCCUUAGGUGGUGAAGCCAGCCGGCAGGGCUAGCGGGCAGCCUGCUUGUCUGACCGGCUCCUCCAAGGCUUGCCCCAAGCCCCAGGGAGCCCUGGUUGGGACAGAGCACAUAGGAGGCCCGAGGAGAGGGACAGACCCCGGGAGGGCGGCAGUGGCUCUCCUGUGCUCCUAGUUGGUGUUGUCACCCUGAACCCCGCGCGUAUACCUGUAAUAUAAAACCGUUUUCU